UUUUCGGAAGUGAAUCAUUCAACAGUAAUGCGAAUGUGUCAACAUAACCUGUCUGCAUAACUAGAUAUUGCCGACAACUGUCACAAUUCAUUGUGUGACGGUACCAUUGGCUCAAAAGUGUACACUUAUUCUUACCCUAUAAAGAAGAAAAAAAAAAGCAAAGAACAUCUGCCCAAGCGUCCUACCCUUAUUGUACGUGUCGUAUACGAAUUUGGCAUCAGUGCUACAUCUUACGUGCAUCAUUUACUGGGACAAAUCCACUGAACCAAAGACAAUUGAUGAAAAGAUGACUCGUCCCGAGUUAGAGAAAACCGACCGCAACACUACAGAUAAAAAGGAAAUAGCCGACGAGGAGCGAGAAAAGAUGCUGAACGAGGAGAAUGAGAAAAAUAGGGGGGCUGAAGCAGCCACAAUAACCCCUUCACCGUUGUCAUCAAAUGCUGAUGUUGAGCCACGUAAAAAAAAAAUUCCCAUUGGAGGGAUAAAAAUGCCGGGCUUUUGUCGACCCAAAAGCAAGGAGGAUUUCCCACGGGAUGAAGAUGCAGAACAGGCAACUGGUGAACCAACUGACGUGGGAAUUUUAGACGCGAUGAGACGUCCCCUGGUGAAUGUCCUGGCCAGUAUAAAAAAAAACCGACCCGAUGGAGAAUUAUCGGGAUCGGGAGCAUCAACAGGACUGGCCCUGGCUGAGACACUUGAUGGAAUUGGAGAUAAAACUAAUGACACAGUAGCACCAGCUGAAGAUGGUAUGGAAACCGUGAGACUGGAUAGUGGCAAUGAUGGGGCGGAAUUUACCGAGGAGAAAAUGAAUCCUCAAAAACCUGGAGUCCUUCAGUCUCUAUUAUCCACUGCACGAAGAAAUCAGGUAGUCACUGGAGUGAUUCUAGCUGUUCUGCUAAUAGUAGUCGUGAUAAUUGGAGUGGCUUGUACUGGACCUCGUAGAAUAAUUAUUCAACCACUCAAAGAUGGAAAAUAUAUGGAGGCAGUGACGUCUUGUGGUAUGGUUCAGGGUAUCCUGGAGGAUGGAGGCUUUGCUUUUCGUGGAAUUCCAUAUGCUGUACCACCAGUCAACGGCCUGAGAUGGCGAUCUGCUCAAGCUCUCAAUCGAAUCGAGUACUGUUGGAAUGAAACUUACCUUGCACACAAUUCAUCCAAUUCCUGCUGGCAAAGAGAUGCCCUUGGCAACACUGGGGGCGAUGAGGAUUGUCUGUAUUUAGAUGUUUUCACUCCCCAGGUGAGGUACGAUACUCCAUUGCCUGUAGUUGUCAUGAUUGGCGCUGAAACACUGAGUGGAGGCUCUCCAGGGGUUAUGCAGCCGUCGGCGAAGCUCGCCCGAGUUAGAGAUAUGGUGUUUGUCAGGCCGAACUUUCGCCUUGGUGUACUUGGCUUUUUAUCGGCUAAACCAUUGACAGAAACUACACACCUACCAACCUCGGGUAAUUAUGCACUAUCGGAUAUAACAGUGGCACUCCAGUGGGUUCAGUUGAAUAUUCAAAAUUUUGGUGGCGACGCAAAAUCAGUUACAAUCUGGGGCCAUCGGGCGGGAGGUACUCUCGUUACGUGUCUCUUAGCAGCAACCUAUCCCAUUAAUAAUUUAUUCUCAAGGGCUUGGAUAUCCAGCCCCAGUGUAGCACUUCCAACAAAAAGCCUGGAAAUUUCGGAAAAACUUUCCAAACCUUUUCUUAAUGUUUUGGGUUGUAACGAUGCCAUCUGCAUGAGGAAUAAAACUCCUCAAGAAUUAAUGGAUGCUGAGCCUUCUAAUUGGUACAACACUUCUGAUAAUUCCCAGCUUCCAUCUGCAGAGAGUGAUAAAAUUGCCAAAAACAGACACGAAUGGCUCGUUGUGGAUGGAAUUAUUAUUAAUGAUAAUGUUUACAAUACUUUGAAACAUGUAGGGACUCGUGUUAAAGUCGUUAUGGGAAGUACAGUACAUUCGGCAGGACAAUCGCAGUGGAAAAAUAUCACUACUGGUAUAGAUCAGUCGGAAAUAAUGAAAAUUGUUAAUGAAUCAUUAUUGGGGAAGAUGGGGCUGUCAGGGGAUGUAGCCACACGUUAUAAUGCCACUUUCCACGGUCUUACUACUCUGAUUUCCGAAAUUCGGGUGCUCUGUCCAAUCUAUAAUCUGACUAAUAUGACACCGGUCAAUAAUAUAUCAUUUUAUAUUGCGACUCAACCUCGUUAUGGCCAAUUUGCUGAUGCUGAUAGUGAUGUUGCUGCAAUUCUCGGUUCUUAUACGCUUUUUACGCCUGAAGAAAAACGCCAUCAAUCCGCCAUUCAACAGCUAUUCAACCAGUUUGUCUGGCACAAUCGCAUUAUUGACGCUGCUAAAGACAUUUAUGGUUAUAGUCAUCAGAAUUACAGUCAGAAUGGACGAAAAAUUAUAGUCGUUGGACAGGACAUUCUUCCUCAAUAUGGCUAUCCCAAUUGCGAUUAUUGGAUUAAAAACAAUCUUGUUCCCAAAUAUGCACGAAUUGAUUAGGAACCAAGUUUUUAACUUAUUCACUGCUCAUCAUUCAAAUUAUCGUCCUCAUAGAGAGUAACCUCAUUUUUAUAUCGGCCAAGCCUGAAAUUCUCUCUGCUUUUAAAAGACUGAUUUUGUCUCUGAGGUAAUGAAUAUUGAACAUUUCUCAAACACAUUCCUCUAAAUUGGAUCGCUGUAUAUCGGUAAGAGGUUAUUUAAUCUUUCUCAUGAUAUGUCACCUCCAACCUCCUUCAUCAUUCAUAUUUACUCAUCAACUAAUCUAUUUAUUUAUUCAUUUGUGUGCCUAAUUGUUAAUUCUCGAUUAGAAUGCUGUUGUAUUAGAUGAGCAUUGUAACUAUAACUAUAAUUUCCGAAUUGACACAUCAUUCUACAUUAUGUGAUUUUCCACAGCUUUAAAUCACGGCUAUUUAUAUAUUAGGUGUAAUUAAUAUACCAAGGAUAAUUAAGAAUAAAAUGUAAUGCAAUUUUUUUACAUUUCUUACGAUGGAUAAUCUGAAUUUUUUAUAUGAACAAUAAAAAUCAUCCAUGAAAAUAACGCAAGGUACUCAAUUUUUCCUCAUGAAAAAUCUGAACAUCUGGGAAAUCCGAAAAGUAGGACAAGGAACAAAAUCAACUUAAUACACGACAUACAAUCUCCAGUGUAUUUAUUGAAUCGAAUUACAAGGAAAAUAUCAGAUGCAGCAUUGCUAUGUAAGAUCUUUAUCAUAAUGUCAUUAUCUAAUCACCUUGUUUUUAUUUUAUUUUCUUCACUAUCAAGAAUUUUUUUUAAAUUUCAUUGUUGAAUCCUUUCAUUUUCCAAUACGUGUGCACAACAAUUCAGUAAUGACUACUAAUAAUACAUUUAAAAUUCGCGAAUAUGUCUCAUCCAUUUCGAUUAUUAUAUCAUAAUGUGAUGUUAAUAUUCAUCAAUUUUUCAAGUUUCUCUAUCGACGAUUCAAUAAGAAUAUGUCACGUGUUUGAACAAAUUUUAACUCUUUGGCUUCCGGCAGAAAGUCGAGAAAAAUAGUUCUCGUGUUAUGUAUACGCGCGUGUAUAUUAUUUGACGUAUAAAGUAUGGUGACAACUAUAGUGAAUAAAAUUCGAUAAACAUGUUUAUUUCUUAAUAAGCGUGAUUUG